UGAUUUCUUUCGUCACGUAACUUCUUGAUAUAUAAAAUAUGUGUGAAUGGAGCAGCUAAUAAUUCUCUACUGUGCUUCUUUUGUUUUUCUAUCUUUUCACAGCUCCUCUGCUUCAAAGAAGCAGUUAUCCAGUAGGGUCACAUACAGUAGAAGUUAUGUGGCUAAGGAUAUCAAUUUUGGAGUUGGGGCUCGUGCAGCUAUGCUACAGGGUGUCAAUGAGGUUGCAGAAGCCGUGAAAGUCACAAUGGGACCAAAGGGCCGCCAUGUUAUUAUUGAAAAAAGCAAGGAUGGAGUCACUGUUGCCAAAAGCAUCAAGUUCAAGGAAAAGGCGAAGAGUGUUGGUGCAGACCUUGUGAAGCAGGUCGCAAAUGCUACUAAUACUGCCACGGGGGAUGGUACAACUUGUGCAACUGUCCUGACUCAGGCUAUACUCGUCGAAGGCUGCAAGUCUGUAUCUGCUGGUGUGAAUGUGAUGGAUUUGCGUAGUGGCAUCAAUAUUGCGGUUGGUGGUGUCCUUUCAGACUUGAAAAAGAGAGCAUUGAUGAUAAGCACACCAGAAGAAAUUACUCAGGUUGCCACUAUCUCUGCAAAUGGUGAACGUGAGAUUGGAGAAAUGAUAGCAAGAGCAAUGGAGAAAGUUGGAAAGCAUGGAGUGAUUACUGUCACUGAUGGGAAUACUUUGGAUAAUGAGUUGGAAGUUGUUGAAGGAAUGAAGCUAGCUAGAGGCUAUAUUUCUCCCUAUUUUAUUACUGAUAAGAAGACCCAGAAAUGUGAACUUGAAAAUCCAUUAAUCCUCAUUUAUGACAAAAAGAUUUCAGACAUGAACUCACUUCUGAGAGUAUUAGAGCUGGCAGUCAAAAAAAGCAGAGCACUUUUUAUCGUAGCUGAGGAUGUUGAGAGUGAUUCCUUAGCCAUGCUUAUUCUCAAUAUGCAUCGAGCUGGACUUAAGGUCUGUGCCAUUAAAGCUCCUGGUUUUGGGGAAAACAGACAAGCAAAUUUGGAUGAUCUUGCUGUUUUAACUGGUGUAGAGGUUAUCAGUGAAAAUCGUGGUUUAACCCUUGAUAAAGUCCAAAUUGAAAUGCUUGGUACUGCUAAGAAGGUCACAGUGUCACUUGAUGAUACAAUAGUUCUUCAUGGUUGCGGAGAAAAGAAAUUGAUUGAAGAAAGAUGUGAGCAGCUAAGGACAGCCAUAGAGAAGAGUACUGCCUUGUUUGACCAGGAGAAAGCUCAGGAACGACUGUCAAAGCUAUCUGGUGGUGUUGCUGUCUUCAAGGUUGGUGGUGCCAGUGAGGCAGAAGUUGGAGAGAGGAAAGAUAGGGUUACAGAUGCAUUGAAUGCUAGUAGAGCAGCAGUGGAAGAGGGUAUUGUGCCAGGUGGUGGUGUUGCUCUUUUGUAUUCCACAAAAGCUCUGGAAAAACUUCAAGCUCAGAAUGAAGAUGAAAAAAGAGGCAUUCAACUAAUCCAGAACGCCCUCAAGGCGCCGGCACAUACAAUAGUUUCAAACGCUGGAUUUGAUUCUGCUAUGGUUCUUGGCAAAUUGUUGGAGCAAGAUGAUUAUAAUUUGGGUUACGAUGCUGCUAAAGGUGAAUACGUCGAGAUGGUGAAAGCUGGAAUUAUAGAUUCCUUCAAAGUCAUCAGGACAGCCAUGGUAGAUGCCGCCAGUGUUUCUUUGCUAUUGACAACAACUGAGGCGACUGUUUUGGAGAAUCCACAGGAGAAAAAACCACCCAGUCGAAUGCCAAAUAUGGGUGAUAUGGGCUGUUAGAUCGAGCCGUGAGCAGCGUGCUAUUAGAACUGCCACAGUUUUGAGGGCUCGUUCAUUCUUUGAAAGACAUGGAAGAGUGAGUAAAAAAUUAUGAAUAGUUAAUGAAAAUGUUGUUCCAGGCGAGCCCAGAACAAAAGUUUGACUAUAUUUAUGGGCAUUCAUCUUAGUAUUUAAUACACAACUAGUUGAAUUGACAUUGUAAAUUUCGAUCAAUUUUGCUCCCAUUUUUUGGAGAAUUCAGUCCCAAAGGUGUGUGGGACUUUGGAUGAGAUGGUGAUGAACUUUGGAGAAUUUUGCUCCCAAAGUUCAUCACCAUCUCAUUGUUCAUCCCAUUUCUGUUGUUCAUCACAUCCAAGCUCUUACCUUGUCCGCCUUCCUUUCUUAGCGUUCAGUCCCAAAGGGACUCAUAUUGCUGAUGCUUUCUUCAACGUGUCAGCACUUCUAUCAAAUUUUACAGUCCCCAGCAGUACCGAAUUUCCAGUGAUCAAGGAGUUCUUUCUCACGAUUGCGAUAGGAAACGUUGAACGUCUACUCCAAACCGGCUGAAGAAACAAGUGAAUGCCAUAGAAGUCUUCCUUUUUCUCCCACAAAACUUCUUCCCGGAUUUUGCAGAUGCAGCUCCUCCCUUAUGGACUGAAAAUGGUUACAGCUGUCAUGUUUACCUGAGAUCAAUUGUAUAUGGAAGGGGCCCACCAGGCAUGUCAGCCUCCAAAGUCUUGUUCUUCUGGAUUUGAAUUCUCUCGACAAACUGAUAUUUAUCUUCACACCGUCCCUCACUCAAAGUCUGCCAAAGCUGGAAACCCUUGACAUAAGUAAUUGCAGUGAAUUGAAGCAUAUUAUCAGAGAAGAGGAUGGUGAAAGGGAAAUAAUUCCAGAGUCUCCUGGCUUCCCAUCCUCUUCUCUGAUAAUAUGCUUCAAAGCUGGAAUUAUUUCCCUUUCACCAUCCUCUUCUCUGAUAAUAUGCUUCAAUUCAUCGCAAUUACUUUGGCAGACUUUGAGUGGGACGGUGUGAAGAUAAAUGUCAGUUUGUCGAGAGAAUUCAAAUCCAGAAGAACAAGACUUUGGAGGCUGACAUGCCUGGUGGGCCCCUUCCAUAGACAAAACUUCUUCCCGGAUCAAGUUGAACGUCUACAGGAUCAAUGUUGGAGGUUAACGACUCCGUCUGGAGGAAUUGGGUGCCAGAUGAUGAUUAUCUAAUUUUCGGGGAUUCAUCAGUUACCAACCUGGUAAACUUACAGUGGCCCGAGGAGGAGUGAUGAUCGUGGAAGAAAUUGCACCUGACUCUGUCUACAGAACUUGCAAAGAAGUGAGUGUAGAUAGUAGUGGCCGGAGAUUGCAUUUUCCAUAUGUAACUAGGCCAAUUUACGUGAGGAAGAAAGCUUAGGCAUCUUGUUAGCCUGCACUUUUGUGACAUUUCCAUUGACUCACAAGGCACUGAUCUUAAAAGCGAUCUCUCACUGUAUAUAUAUCUACUAAGUCCAGACAUAACAAGGCUGAUCCUAAUUCUGAUCAGGUUUGUGACAUGGCUUCUCCAUUUUUCCCAA